UAUACUCCAUUUCUCCCGAUGAGUUACACCGUAGAUGGUAGUCUCUCAAUGCCUCAGCAAUUCCCUUCUCUUUUCCCCUCCGGGCACGCUUUGAAGUGAGGCCGAUGAGUUCCCCCGAGCGAUCGCCACCGCCUCCGCCUCACAACACCCCCGAGAGGCCGGAGUCCCCGGAGCCGGCGGUCACGGCGCUGGCGGUGGCUGGCCGGCUGAGCCUGGACGAGUUAGCCGUCAUGGUGAGUGUUGUCGAUGGCGGGGAGGGUGGCGGCCGUGUCUCGAGGAAGGCGGAGAAUGGUCUCGGGGCGGUGAUGAGGGCGGCGCUCGGACUUAGGGUCUCCGCUGCGUUACUGUGUCUCGUGUCGUUCUCGGUCAUGGUUGCAGACAACACCGAGGGGUGGGCCGGCGACUCCUUCGGCCGAUACAGCGAGUACCGGUGCUUGGUUUCUGUCACUGCGAUUGCUUUCGGCUACUCAGCGUUCCACAUUUACGCGAAGGUCCACCAUGUGAUCCUGAAGAAAUACAUCAUCCGCAGUCCGAUCAAUUACUACUUCGACCUCACAAUGGAUCAUGACUUGCGAUUAUGUUGGAGAAUGUGAGGCAAAUGACAUCAAGAAGCCUUGUUUACUUGUUGACAUCACCAGUCAGGACAUGAAUUCCUUGUGUUGAUUUUAUUUUCUUGGACUGGUGAAUGUUGACCACUUAUACUAUACACCGAAUACAGUUCUUCAGUUCAGUUCGCUUUUCUAAUACAAAUCUCAUCUCUAAUUAAAAAGAAUCAAGUAGCCUUGCUUUGCUUUUGUUCUAGUAACCUCUAAGAUCAUUAAAGAUCAAAAUUUUGUGGCCAUUCCAUCGGUUAUAACUUGUCAAAGGAUAAUUGUUUGGCUGUAUGGCUGUGUUAUCUUCGGGGGUCAGAGAUUCUAAGAGACAAAAGAAAACUGAAGUUUGUCAUUUCAUUUGAACCAGACCAAGAUAGGCCCAUAAUCUAAUUUGAUGCUUCUGUUUUGCUCAUGAGAGAAAGAAGCAUAAAUGGGUUUUUAAGUAGGUAGGACAUCCAAAGGGUGUAUAAGGCCUCUAGUUAAACAUAGUCACUGUCCAUAGCGUAUUUUAACAAUGUCCUUUAAGCUACAAUACUAGGUUUAUAACUAUAACAUUACUAAGACUGGAAAUCCAUUCCGUGUCAAUUAAUAUGACAUUGACCUAAUUAUGAUGGACAAAGUCUUCAGAGCGGUUUACACUUUGCUUAUGAUACUAUUGAUGCUGAGUAGAGUCUGGUAUUGUGAACUACUUUUUCAGUCUCAACAUGAGCUUUUGUAUAUUGUAUCUUCUGGUUUAUAUUUUUUUGAAGUUAGAAGUAGAUGAAUUAUAGGUUUGUUAAGUCCUUUAUGCUUCAUGCUCAUGUUAUAUUAACCAUGGGACAAGAUACAGUGUGUAUACUCUCUUGAUUUGGUUUGGAGAUAGAAGUUCAGGUACCCCGUGUUCUUUUUUAUGUCAUCUCAAAGGUAAUAUAACAUGUCAAAGUGCCAAAAUUGCAAAAUAUCUCUUUGAUCGAAGCAUUCCUGAAUCGAAAGCUGUAACUAUCUUGAGUGUUUUAAGCAUCAAUUGAAUCUGUUCCUGAAGUUUUGC